CAUGGACGGCCAGCAGGCGGUGGAGCCAAAGAAGAACGACGAGGCCGAAGGAGAAGAGGAGGCCGACGAGGAGCAGGCGGCCGCCAAAGAUAUCGCUGACGAGGAGGGGGGCGGCGACGAUCAGCAGGACAGCACGGAGAUGGGCAUCAGCAAGGACAGGAUACUCGCCAGGAUUCGCGAGUUCCUCGAAUACAGCGACGUGAUCAGUGACCAAGAAUUGCUCCGCAUGGUUGAUUUCCUCCAUCAGGGUCUGAAGGGUAUGACCGAACAGACCAAGGACCUGGACCUCGUGAACCUGUCCGACUUCUGCACCGCCUGCUGCACCAACGAGCCCUUGUCGUUCGACUCCCUGGUGCAGCUCUUCGACAAGGACCGGAAGACAGGCGUGCUGGAGAGGAUCUUCGUGGACGACGACAUCUCUGCGGUGCACCACGCUGCCUCCAGGGGAAACCUGAACCGCGGGGCGAGCCUGAUGACGAUGACGGCGGGGAAGACGCAGGGGGGCAUCGCGCACUCCAACCUGAAUCGGCUUCUCACCGACGUGCAGGCGCUCGUCACGAAAGUCACCGACGCAGAGGUCAGGGCCCGCGACGCAGGGCGCGAGGUCGACCUCGACGACGACACGAUGGACUUGCUGGGCGAGGACACCGAGGCGGGCGCGUUCACGUUCCCGGAGCCCUUGCAGGCGAGCCACCGCGAGUCCUGCACAGUGACUAAGGUGGACCCAGAGGAGCCGUCGGAGGAGAUCGGCAAGAGCUGAGCCCUACUGCGGUCAAGCGCCUCGCUUAAGUGUUCCUG